UGUUGUUGUGCCGCCUAUUGAGGUACUUCGAUAACACAGAGGAUCGAAUCGGGAAGCUUAGAAGUGUUCUUGGGCAUGAGUAUAUAGUUUACUGCCACCUUUAUAGACACCACUGGUUGGUGCACUAUCCGAGUAAAGAUACUGUGUAUCUUGAUUUGCAAUUUAAAGAAAACAUACAGUGGCUAUAUAAGAUGGGGCUCACAAGCCAACCUUGCAGCAGCGCUCUGAGGUUGCUCUUGCUGGUCCUCCUCUUCUCGACGGCAAACGCACAUUCGUGGAUCGAACAGCUGCUUGCCAUCGCAGCGAAUGGAACUUUCAUCGGAUCCCCAGGCUACGCUCGAGGCAAUGUUCAUCGCACUACUCCCGGGUUCAGCGACACGACCAUGACUUACCUGAUUCCACCAAAUGAUCGAGCCAACCAGAGUCUUAUUCUUCCCACCGACAAGAUGUGCAAAAGCACGCAGCGAACACGAAACCAGACCGAGGGUAGCCCGCGGCUGCAGGCAUCUGCCGGCUCCCCCAUCGCUCUUCGUUACCAAGAGAACGGCCAUGUGACUCUACCUUGGAAUCAACCGGGAAAGCCGAAGAAUCGAGGGACAAUCUACGUUUACGGAACCACCGAGCCAAAGGAGGAGGAGAACUUCCUGGACGUCUUCAAUUCCUGGAAUCGCGACGGUACGGGAGGGGAUCGACGCGGCGUUCUCUUGUCGAAGCAAAACUUUGAUGACGGCCGUUGCUAUCAGAUCAACAAUGGCAAUAUCUCCGAACAUCGUCAAGCCGUGUACCCCCACGUGGCGGACCAAUUGAUGGGCGCAGAUUUGUGGUGUCAACAGGACAUCGCGCUACCAUCGAAUGCACCUACAGGCAAGCCGUAUACUCUCUACUGGGUUUGGAAUUGGCCCACGGCUCCUGGCGUGGACCCGUCACUCCCCAACGGCAAGCAGGAAAUCUACACCACUUGCAUUGAUGUGGAUGUGGUCGAUAUCCCUACAACUCAUACGCACGUCCAGGAGGGAUAUGUGGAGGAUCAGUCCCUCGACAGCGCAGCCAUUCCGUCUGAGUUUGCCGAGGUGAUGGGAUCUAGCACUGAUAGUGCGGAGGCUGGAAGCAGUUCUGCGCCAGGUUCGUUGACGCCGGCCCCGACGCCAACACCAACCUCAGUGGCGCCUUUUAGAGUUCUCACAUUGACGACUGUCAUCACGACACAUAUACCUUGGACAAGCAGUGCUGCCUUGGCUGGGAGCACUUGAUUGAAAAGACCUUGCUUUGGAUGUGGAUCCCUUGCGUUCCCAAUAGCUGGGGAUUUGGAAUGCAUUGUAUACCCUCCGAAGAGAGCGGGUUAGCUUUUACAUUCUCUUCUACCGCUCGAGCUCGGCGGGCCUAGCCGGGAUUGAUAACAGUCACUCUUUUGACCUUUGUUUGACUAGACCCUUCUGAUCAAUAGACAAUUGAAAUGCCGGAUCUCAUCCCAUUGUGCUUUUCCUAGGAUAAUAC